AUGGCUCUUGCCGAGAGCGACGACGACACCACAAAGUUGGAAGCUCUGGCUCUGUUCCGCGAGAUGGUCCGGGGUGGCCACGUGGAGCCCAACGGGUUCACAUUCCCUCCGGUGUUGAAGGCUUGUGCGAGGUUGGGGAUGGUGAAGGAAGGGAGGCAGGUUCAUGGGAUGGUUGCUAAGUGUGGUCUGGAUGGUGACGAGUUUGUUCUUAGUAACCUUGUCAGAAUGUAUGUGCUCUGCGGUGUCAUGGAAGAUGCUUACGUUUUGUUUGAUGAGAGAAUUGUUCGGAGUGGUGGAGUGGGGAAGAAGAUGAAUCUCAGGAGGCAAGAGGGGGACGUGGUUUUGUGGAAUGUGAUGGUCGAUGGGUAUGUUAGAAUGGGGGAUCUUAAAGCUGCUCGGGAGCUGUUCGAUAAAAUGCCUCAGAGAAGUGUUGUGUCGUGGAAUGGGUGA